AUGUCUAACCAAAAUCUCACAAAAUCUCAGCUCAAGAAAUUAAAAGCCAAGCAGGAAACUGAGGCUAUCAACGCCAAACGUAGAGCUAUGCGUGAAGCUGAAGAAACAGAGGAUUUACUUGCAAUUAUUCCAAUGUUCAAGGCUUAUAAGAAAAACGGUCUUGAUAUCACAGUUAAAUCUCACAAGCAUGCUCCAGAAGAACUUAAGACAUGGAUCUUUGAGCUUACAAAGUCCUGCAUGCAAAACUAUUAUGAAAAUGGCAAUGGAUGGGAUGAUAAGAUCAAGAAUACAGAGCUCUUUGAGGACAGAGCCAGAUAUUUAAUUGCCUACGAUGGUGAAAAACCAAUUGGCUUCGUUCACUUCCGUUUCGAAUAUGAUCAAAAUGAAUAUAUCUUAUACUUCUACGAGAUCCAUAUUGAAGAAGCAUACAGAAACAAAGGUCUCGGUAAGUUCCUUGUCCAAGCAUGCGAAUUCAUUGCUCUCAAGAACAAAGUUGAAUUGGUCAUGUGCACACUCUUCAAAGAGAACGGUGGCUCUGUCAAAUUCUUCGCUGGACUUAACUACAGACCACAUCCAUCAUCCCCAGAGAUGAUUGACCCUGCUGACGGCGUUGAAGCUUAUUACCAAGUUCUUUGGAAGCCACUCAUCAAGAAACAGUAA